AUGGCUCGAGACGACAGAGACACUCUGCCCGACGCGGUAACCCCGUCGCACUAUGCCAUCUCUCUCUAUGACAUCCAAUUCGGCGGCUCGUGGGGCUACAGCGGCACUGUCAAGAUCGACACCAAAGUAGCCAGUCCCACGGCCGACAUCGUGCUCAAUGUCAAAGCAAUUGACGUCCAAUCCGCUGAACUUACCUCCAAGGCUGGAUCCAAAUCGGCCAAGAGCUCUGAUAUCUCCUACGACAAGACCUCGGAGCGGGCUACCAUCAAGUUCGCCGAAGCGAUCCAGCCAGGAGACUAUCUCCUCGAGCUGAAAUUCACCGGAACGGCGAAUAACCACAUGGCUGGCUUUUACAGGGCCAAAUACCGAUCAACUGAAACGCCGGCACCUGGCACUCCAAAGGAGGGUGAUGACUUGUACAUGUUGAGCACACAGUUCGAGGCCUGCGAUGCUAGACAGGCAUUCCCGUGUUUUGAUGAACCGAACUUGAAGGCGACAUUCGACUUCGAAAUUGAAGUUCCGAAAGAAUUGGUGGCCAUCAGCAACAUGCCUAUCAAGAGCACCCGUGAGGGAAAGACGCCAGACCUUAAAUUUGUGUCGUUCGAUAGAACACCAAUUAUGAGCACAUAUCUUCUCGCAUGGGCUGUUGGCGACUUUGAGUACGUUGAGGCUCACACCCAACGCAAAUACAACGGUGCCUCCAUUCCUGUUCGUGUUUACACUACCAGAGGCCUUAAGGAACAAGCCCGCUUUGCUCUUGAAUGUGCGCACAAGACCGUGGAUUACUUUUCUGAAGUGUUCCAGAUCGACUAUCCUCUGCCAAAGUCUGACCUCCUGGCUGUCCACGAAUUUGCUAUGGGUGCCAUGGAAAAUUGGGGUCUCGUGACAUACCGUACAACUGCAGUGCUCUUCGAAGAAGGCAAAUCUGAUGAUAGAUUCAAGACUCGGGUUGCAUACGUUGUUGCUCAUGAACUGGCCCACCAAUGGUUUGGCAACCUUGUCACCAUGGAUUGGUGGAACGAACUUUGGUUGAAUGAAGGUUUCGCUACCUGGGUCGGCUGGCUUGCUGUAGAUCACUUCCACCCUGAAUGGGAUGUUUGGUCGCGCUUUGUUGCUGAAGGAGUACAACAAGCUUUCCAACUUGAUUCCCUUCGUGCUUCCCAUGCCAUCGAAGUUCCUGUCAGGAAUGCACUCGAAGUUGAUCAAAUUUUCGACCAUAUCAGCUAUCUGAAAGGAAGCUCCGUGAUCCGUAUGCUUAGCAGCCACCUUGGCCAGGAAACCUUCCUGCGAGGAGUGGCUAAUUAUCUGAAGGCGCAUUCAUAUGGUAAUGCAACAACCAACGAUCUCUGGUCUGCCCUGAGUGAAGCCUCAGGCAAGGAUGUUACUAGCUUUAUGGACCCGUGGAUUCGAAAAAUUGGUUUCCCUUUGGUGACUGUCACUGAAGAGCCUAAGCAAAUUACCGUUGCACAAAAAAGAUUCCUUGCUUCUGGGGACGUGAAGCCUGAGGAAGAUGAAACCGUGUGGUGGAUCCCUCUAGGAAUUAAAUCCGGAGAGCAAGCCAAGUCCAUCGGAGAGCGUAACUUGACAGCGAAAUCCGAUGUUGUUCAGGAGGUUGGUGAAAGUUUCUACAAAUUAAAUCAAGACCAGUGUGGCUUCUACCGUACAAAUUAUCCACCAGAGCGGCUUGUCAAGCUUGGAGAGUCGCGUGACCUUCUAAGUACUGAAGACAAGAUCGGCCUCAUUGGUGAUGCCGCUGCCCUAGCAGUGUCUGGAGAAGGAAAUACGGCUGCGACGCUCGCUCUAGUUGAAAACUUCCAAGAUGAGCAAAAUUAUUUGGUUUGGGUACAGCUCAUGACAUCUCUUGCCCACAUCCGAUCGGUCUUCUCAUCGAAUGCUGAAAUUGCUGCUGGGCUGAAAAAGUUUAUACGUACACUUGUCACUCCUGCCGUUGAGAAGCUAGGCUGGGAGUUCAAGGCAGAUGAAGGUGACCUUACUGGGCAGCUUCGUCAAUUGCUCAUCGCUGCAGCUGGUAGCUCCGGUCACGAAGGAACUAUUACAGAGGCUAGACGCCGGUUCCAGGCUUGGAAGUCAGGUGACAAGAGCGCGAUCCACGCUAAUCUUCGGAGUGCAAUCUUUACUAUAAACAUAUCUGAGGGUGGGCAGGAAGAAUAUGACACCGUCAAGGAAGAGUUUUCUAAGACGGACUCCGUUGAUGGCAAAGAGAUUUGCGUCGGGUCCCUCGCGAGAACCAGGAAUCCGGAAAUUCUCCAGGCUUAUUUCGAGUUCUUAUUCUCAGGUACUGUCCCUACCCAGGACAUCCACACUGGAGCAGCCGGCCUUGCCGCAAAUUCCAAAGGCCGGGAUGCAUACUGGGCCUGGCUCAAGGCGAACUGGGAUCGCGUCGAGAAGAAGAUGAGCGCGAACAAGGUUGUAUACGAACGAUUUGUUCGCAUGAGCUUAUUAAAGUUUGCCAGCCACUCAACAGAAAAGGAUAUUAACGAAUUUUUCAAGGAAAAAGAUCAAAGCGGAAUUGACCGAGCCUUGCUUGUGGUCUCGGAUACUAUUCGAACCAAUGCGAACUACUGCGAGCGGGAUGAGAAGGGCGUUCUGGAGUGGCUGAAGACUCAUAACUACGUUUAA